CUCGAGCCAUCGCUGGUUGUCGUCACACCACCGUGCCAAUGGAGGAAGAGGCGUAUCGCUCUGGGAUGGGGAUGGGAUUUUUGCCACACGAACCGUCUGAGUAGCUUCACUGGGAUGGACUGGAUGAUUUUUACUAGGUGAGUCGGGAAGCACUCCAACAUUGGAGAGCUCAGCUAGUGACGAUAUAUAUAUAAGGUAUAUAGAUAAUAUAUGUUGUGUGCUUUUUAUAUGUUGAUUUAAACACCUGCAACGAGGCAAUAUUGUGCAACGAUUCUCCAAAAAAUCAGAUACCCCAAGAGAAGAUGAAGGAUGACCAAGAAAGCUAGGCCUCCCCUACAAGCUGAAGUCCGAAGCUGCGGGAAUGGAAGAUACGAGUUCCUCAAAAUGCAGCUUGAAGCUCUCCUACCGUCGCCUGCGCUUGUUGGGCCAGGGCUCCUUCGGUAAGGCCUUUUUGGCUCGGGAUUUGUCGAACAACGAGCUGGUGGUCAUGAAACAGGUGCGGGUGGAGAAGAUGGAUGCCAAGGCCCGAGACACCGCGGUGCGGGAGGCAGUGGCGCUCCGCCGUGUGCGGCACCCGAACGUGGUGCGCUUUCGCCAAGUCUUUGUGCGGAGCGGGUGGCUCUGCUUGGUCAUGGACUUCGCCGAUGGCGGCGACCUGUGCUGCGCCGUGAAGGAGCGCGCCAAGAGCGGAGAACUCUUCGAGGAAUCAGCGGUCUUGGAGUGCUUCUCGCAGGUGGCGGAUGCAGUGCGGUAUGUGCACGCAAAGAAGAUGGUCCAUCGUGACAUCAAGUCACGGAACGUCUUUCUGUGCCGCACAGGCCAAGCGUUGCUGGGCGACUUUGGACUGGUGCGAUUGCUGGAAAGUACCCUGGAGCUCGCGCACACGCGCGUGGGGACGCCUUACUAUCUGAGCCCGGAGAUCAUCCGGAAACAACCCUACAACUACAAGACCGACGUUUGGAGCUUGGGUGUCUUGUUAUACGAGAUGGCCCAUCUCCGGCGUCCCUUUGUAGGGACCCUGGAGACGCUGCCGAAGAUCAUCAUCUCAGGUGAAUACGAGCCUUUGAGCAGCGUGUUCUCUGCAGAGCUACAUCAACUGGUCGCACGAAUGCUGGCAGUCGAUCCCCAUCAGCGACUCAAUCUGGCAGAUGCCUUGCAGGAAGAGGUGCUGGCGGCGCCACUCCGCCGCUCGCGCGAGGCGCUGCAGCUGGGCUUUCCGCCCGACGAGACGCCCGAGCCGCCGCCGAUACCGGUGAGGAAGGAGAUCCAGGAACUGGAUUCCGAAUGGAUUGGUUUUAACACCAUGAUCCGGCGAAAGGAGGACGGAUUGAUCCUCCCGGAGGCCAAGGGCAUCGUCGACCUGAGCGUGGCCAAAGCGCCGCCCCCGCGUCCGGACGAGGGUCCUGAAGAGUGGAGUCGAGCGCCUGCAGCGCCGGAACAUCCCGACUCCGGAGAGGAAUUGGGCUCCGCCUCCGACGACUCCUGGGGCUCGGUGGUAGACACCGGCAACGAUGCCCUUCAGCAACUCAUGGCGCCCGGAGCGCCGAGACCCAACGAGGACGCGCCGCGGCCGCCGCCGCUGCCUCCACCGCCACGUCCUUAGGCGGAAGGAGGAUCAGAUGUUGGAUGCGAAUGCC